AUAUAAAACAUGCUGAUUGCUGGAUACUGGGUUGCUGGUGGAAUACGGGACUCUAGUGGCUGAAGGGGGUCCCAAUAUCAAAUCGCUCAUGCAAGUUGCGGAUGGCGCCAACUUCCUGCCCGCUACUAACCAAUCUCAUCCGACGAUCGCCCUGUUCCCUCACACUGUCACACACCAUUCAGGCACUCGCCAGCCAACACCACCUCACAGCGCAACUGUUCCUGGUGAAUAUCGUUUCAAUGGCUUUCUCGGUUCUCCAUUCUUGGAAAACACGCCAUACUGUGACGCUGCAAUGAUGAUAAGAUUUAAAUCCUGUGCCGCAGCAGGGAAGAAUGGUGAUUCUAUGUACACUUGCCUCUUGGGCUUAGCCCUUGGGUGGCUGACACUGGCUGUUUGGCCAUCUUUAACUGACUCGAUGUUAGCCGGGCGGUCUAGAUUCAUGAACAUUUCCCUCGGCCAAAUAUCUCUCCAUGAAGAGCCUCAACAAUAAUGAAAUCCACUCUCGGAGUUAUGGUUCGUCCACGUUGCAGACCCAUUGUCUCAUGUUGUCGACUAUCUCAGAUAUUCGGGCUUCUUAUGAGUUAUGACAGGUCACCGACGUUUGGAAAUCGCAGAUCUGCAUGCUCCUCUAAGAAACCCAUCCACGACUUGAGAAACUUGCUGCCUCUGCGAAUCCAUUAGCAUUGUAUGCAUCGGUCGAGUUUCCCACUUUGGUGCUUUGAAGCGAUUGCCAUGCAAGGUACCGUCCAGCGUGGUUCGCAAUGGGCCGAGUGAACUUACUUUUGCACCGUUUCUGAGUCGCCAACAACACAAAGAUGUCGCUUUGCUCGUGUC